AUGAAGAUUCUCGUCGUCCAAUGGUCACACAAUGAUCAGGCCUUGUGUGACAUCGCUGCGGCCAUAAGAGACCUCGACCGGAGGCGUGGGGCGAUUAUGCGAGAACAGCAAGUGAUUGUUGCUAUGAACAAAACCCGCGAGGACCUCGAAGCUCUAGCCGACAAUCAGUUCGCGGAAGAUCUUGAAAACCUCGUCCUGCACGCCCUCGACCCCUAG